AUGCCUUCUUACAAAUUGACCUACUUCGACGUCCGCGGAUACGCUGAACCAGCUCGUAUUUUGUUCUAUUUGGCUGGGGUUCCAUUCGAGGAUAACCGUAUCACACACGGAGAUGGUACCUGGGAGAAGCUCAAAGACAAGACUCCAUUUGGACAAGUCCCAGUCCUCUCUGUCAAUGGAUUCGAUAUCCCACAAUCAGCUGCUAUCGUCCGUUAUCUCGCCAAUAAGUUCGGAUAUGCUGGAAAGACUCCAGAGGAGCAAGCAUGGGCUGAUGCCAUCGUUGACCAAUUCAAGGACUUCAUGGGAUCAUUCAGACAACUCAUAAUGGCUCAACGUGCCGGAAAGUCAGCUGAGGAGAUUGCCAAGAUCUCUUCAGAAGUGGCCAUUCCAGCAAGGGACUCGUACUUCAAGAUCAUCAAUGGAAUCCUUGAGAAGAGCAAGUCCGGAUUCCUUGUUGGCAACGAGCUCACUUUCGCUGAUAUUGUCGUCGUCGAGAACAUCACCACUCUCGAGAAGAACCAAUUUUUCACUGCUUCGGAGCAUCCAAAGCUCACUGCUCUUCGUGAGAAAGUCUACGCAAUUCCAGCCAUCAAGACCUGGGUCGCCACUCGUCCUGAUACUCAAUUCUGA